CAGCGGCCGCAGGGAGAGCAGGCAGCGCGGUCGGGGAUCAUGGGGGAGAGCGCGCUGGAGCCGGGGCCUGUGUCCGCAGCGCGGGCUGGGGGCCCGGUGCACGCCGUGACGGUGGUGACGCUGCUGGAGAAGCUGGCCACCAUGCUGGAGGCGCUGCGGGAGCGGCAGGGGGGCCUGGCUCAGAGGCAGGGCGGCCUAGCGGGCUCCGUGCGCCGCAUCCAGAGCGGCCUGGGCGCGCUGAGCCGCAGCCACGACACGACGAGCAACACGCUGGCGCAGCUGCUAGCCAAGGCGGAGCGCGUGGGCUCGCACGCGGAUGCUGCGCAGGAGCGCGCCGUGUGCCGCGCAGCCCAGGUGCAGCGGCUGGAGGCCAACCACGGGCUGCUGGUGGCGCGCGGGAAGCUCCACGUCCUGCUCUUCAAGGAGGAGUCUGAAAUCCCAGCCAGCGCCUUCCAGAAGGCGCCUGAGCCCCUAGGCCCGGCGGACCAGUCCGAGCUCGGCCCAGAGCAGCCCGAGGCCGAAGUUGAGGAGAGCUCGGACGAGGAGCCGGUGGAGUCCAGGGCCCGGCGGCUGCGGCGCACCGGGUUGCAGAAGGUACAGAGCCUGCGGAGGGCCCUAUCUGGCCGGAAAGGCCCUGCAGCACCAACGCCCACGCCGGUCAAGCCACCGCGCCUCGGGCCUGGCCGGAGCAGUGAUGGCCAGCCGGAAGGCCCGCCUGCGCUGGAGCCCAACCCGGAAUCAGAACCUCCACAGGACACCGAGGAAGACCCCGGGAGGCCUGCGGCUGCCGAAGCCGCGGUGCUGCAAAUAGAGAGUGCGGCCUAAGGGCUGGCGCUGCCUGCGUUUCCUGUGCCUGGUCCCAAAAUAAAUCUCCCUCUCAGAAUGCAGCCUUCACGCCCAAAUAAGGAGUGAAUCCUGCACCCACAGCCCAGCUCUGGCCUUUCCCAGCUCCUUCAGGCUAGCCUGUGUCCCCUGAAAGGAGCAGCCUAUUGCACCUGCUUGCACUCACCGUCAAUAAAAGUCAUGCCAGCUAA